AUGAAAGUGCUUGGACCCACCUUCAAUCCCCUUCGAGCAAGUGACCGAACCCGUUCAAAUGGACCAUUCCAUGCAGGUCCGGGUCAGUGGAUCUGUGCCUUACCCGCGGGGGCUUUCUCAUUGAGUCAUUUCCGUAGUCAGGGAGGGAUCGAUAUCUUGGACGGAGAUAGGUUAUGCAAUUAUGACUUAUUCAAGAGGUCCUCCCUUCCCUACUGGAGCGCUAACUCCUAUUUUUUUGUAGAGAAUCCUUGUGUAGUGUAUUCUACUGACCAAGGAGGAUCAACGUCUCAUUGUAUUCCAGUUAGUUUCACAGCUACCCCUUCCCCUACAUCUUCUUUCUUCUUCUCUGUAUCUUUCGCUGUUGGCCAGCUUGAAUCGGCGGACGAAGCCACUUUCACUUUGGCAAACAGGAACCAGCCAAAGGUUAGGUUAUCUUUGCCAGCUCGAUGCCACAAAGGUUUAAAAUGGGGAUUCCUUGGUGCCGUUCGCUUGACUUGA